AUGCCGGCCAAAAAUGAAGAGCCUCAAGAGAAGAGCAGAUCGCAGUUUCCUGAGAGGAGCAAGAGACAGAGUGAAAAGCCCGACAAGAUAGUGCUGGAAGAAACGGCAUUUGAAGAAAUCGAGAGGGAUUUUCAUCAGGUUCUCAAUGAACUUUCAGGAGAUCGAAGUCUGGAGAAAUUUAGGGUUGAAUAUGAGAAGCUGCAUACUGUAAUGAAAAGGUCUUAUGAAAACGAGAGGCGGCUGAUGGCCAAGUGCAGAGAGCUAAAUGCCGAGAUCGUGGUUAAUUCUGCGAAGGUCGCCACUGCGCUGAAGCUCUCUCAGGAUGACCAGACCACCAUUGCCUCCUUGAAGAAGGAAAUUGAGAAGGCCUGGAAGAUGGUGGACUCUGCCUAUGAUAAGGAGCAGAAGGCAAAGGAGACCAUUCUUGCAUUGAAAGAGGAAAUCGUGAACUUGACUAAGCUGGUUGAGCAAGGAUCUGGAUUGUCAAUGGAUCAAGAUAGCAACAUCAGAGACUUACUGAAGUUCAAAGAAGAAGUCACGAAGGAGCGGGACCAGCUCUUGACAGAAGUGGUGAAGUUGCGAGAGACUUUAGCGCAGAACACCGAGCAGCACCAGGAGACGGAGCGAGCCAGAGACGAGGCGGAGCAGGCCGUCAGUCAGUUCCAACAAGAAAUCCAGCAUCGCCAGAACGAAGCUUCUCGAGAGUCUCGGAAGAAGGAGAAGCUGGAAAAAGAACUCAAGCAGAUUCAGGUGGACAUGGACACCCGGCAGUCGGAGAUCAAGGCCCUGCAGCAGUACGUGCAGAAAAGCAAGGAGGAGCUACAGAAACUGGAGCAGCAGCUGAAGGAGCAGAAGAUCCUGAACGAGAGAGCCGCGAAGGAGCUGGAGCAGUUUCAGAUGAGAAACACGAAACUGCAGCAGGAGAAUGAACAGCACAGCACGCUUUGCGAGCAGCUUUCGCAGGAAAACCAGCAGAAGGCGCUGGAGCUCAAAGCCAGAGAGGAAGAAAUUCAUCAGAUGCGUAUUGAUAUUGGGAAGCUCAACAAAGUAAGAGAACAAAUUCAUAAGAAAUUGCACCAGACUGAAGAACAAAAGGCUGACGUGGAACAGCACAAGGAAACCCUCAAAAACCAGAUUUUAGGAUUAGAGAGAGAGGUGGAGGCUGCAAAGAAACAAGCGGAACUUGAUAAGAAAGCGAUGGAUGAGCUUCUGAGAGAAAGGGAUAUAUUAAGUAAGAACCUGCUUAAGGCGGUCGGUGCGACCCAGAAACAGACAGACCUAGUGAAGCUUCACGAACAAGCCAAGAGGAACCUGGAGGAAGAAAUCCACAAUUACAAGGAAGAGGCUCAGAAACAGAGAAAGAUCAUCUUUCAGCUGGAGAAAGAGCGAGACAGGUACAUCAAUGAAGCCAGUGAACUUACCCAAAAGGUCCUCAUGAACAUGGAAGACAUCAAAACCCGGGAAAUGCAGAUUUUUGACUACAGGAAACAAAUCGCCGAAUCAGAGACGAAAUUAAAACAGCAGCAGAACCUGUAUGAGGCUGUGAGAUCAGACCGGAAUCUGUACAGCAAAAACCUGGUGGAGGCUCAGGAUGAAAUCACUGAGAUGAAGAGGAAGUUAAAGAUUAUGACCCACCAGGUGGACCAGUUAAAAGAAGAAAUAUCAGCCAAAGAGUCAGCACUUGUGAAGCUGCAUCUGGAGCAGCAGCGGAUAGAGAAGGAGAAGGAAACCCUAAAGGCUGAGCUCCAGAAGCUGAGGCAACAAGCCCUGGAGACCAAACACUUCAUUGAAAAGCAAGAAGCAGAGGAGAGAAAACUCCUGCGAAUCAUUGCUGAGGCUGAUGGUGAGAGGUUGAGACAGAAGAAGGAAUUAGACCAGGUCAUCAGUGAGAGAGAUAUUCUGGGGUCUCAGCUUGUUCGACGCAAUGACGAAUUAGCUUUGCUCUAUGAGAAGAUCAAGAUCCAGCAGUCCGUGCUGAACAAAGGGGAGAGCCAGUACAACCAGAGGGUGGAGGACAUGAGGAUCCUCAAACUUGAGAUCAAGAAGCUGCGCCGGGAAAAGGGGAUUCUUGCUCGAAGUGUGGCGAAUGUGGAUGAGCUCAGGCAGGAGCUCUAUCACAUACAGAGAGAAUUCUUGAAGGAGAGGACGCGGUGCCGAGCCCUGGAGGAGGAACUGGAGAACCCCAUGAAUGUGCACAGAUGGAGGAAGCUUGAGGCCAGUGACCCCAGUACCUAUGAGCUGAUACAGAAAAUCCAUGUCCUGCAAAAGCGUCUCAUCAGCAAGACCGAAGAGGUGGUUGAAAAAGAGCUGCUGCUUCAGGAAAAAGAGAAGCUGUAUGUGGAACUAAAGCACAUCUUGGCCCGGCAGCCUGGGCCCGAGGCUGCAGAACAGCUCCAGCUCUACCGACACACACUGCGAGAGAAGACCAAGCAGCUCAAGGUUUUGUCGUCAGAACUGAAUAUGUAUGAGUCACAGAGCCAAGAAUAUAAGUUUGAGAUUGAGAAACUCUCCAACGAGCUGAUGAACAUAAAGAAGAAAUACCUCGCUCAGAAGCGUAAAGAACAAAUUCUGAAGAACAAGGACAGAAUAGCCAUGGGCCACCCCUUCUCCAUGGUUGACCCGGCGGUGCCUCGUUUUACUGGCGGUGGAUUUCCUCUCAAUAAGUCCUCCAAGGUGAAGUCCUAA